AUCUUACACCAGGACAUGGAGUGCACCAUGAAGAAGCCAGCAGGUGUGCUGAUGUUCCUCCUGGUCAUCCUUAAGGUGUUGGGAACUGCAGAAGCUGAUUGCAGCUGCACAGCUUGGUUCAUUUCAGUCUGUAACUGCAGAUAUCAGGGCCUCACCAGUGUUCCUCAGGACCUGCCGACAACCAUCACAGAGCUGGAUUUGGGAGGGAAUCAAAUCACAACGUUAAGUCAGUCUGAUUUCUCACGUUAUAGGAGCUUAGAGACUUUAUGGCUUGGUUUCAAUAACAUUUCUACCAUCAACAGCCAGGCAUUCUAUCACCUGUCAAACUUUACCACAUUAUCGCUUUCAGGUAACCGUCUAACAAUCCUCAGACCUGACAUGUUUGUAGGGCUUGGAAACUUGGAGGAACUUUAUCUGCGCGGUAAUGACAUCAGUGAUAUUCAGGCUGGAACUUUCAAUUCAACACCACAACUGAGAAGCUUGCACCUGUAUAAUAACAAGUUAACACACCUUAGAUCUGACAUGUUCACAGGGCUGGGGAACUUGACAACCUUGUACCUGUCUAACAACAAGUUAACACACCUCAGGUCUGACAUGUUCACAGGGCUGGGAAACUUGGAGGACCUUGAUUUAGACGAUAGUAAGAUCAGUGAUAUUCAGGCUGGAACUUUUAAUUCAACACCACAACUGAGAACCUUACACCUUCGUUUUAACAAGUUAACAACCCUCAGAUCUGACAUGUUAUCAGGGCUGGGAAACUUGGAGACACUUGAAUUACAUUUUAAUGAGAUCAGUGAUAUUCAGGCUGGAACUUUUAAUUCAACACCACAACUGAGAAGGCUGGAACUGUAUAACAACAAGUUAACAAGCCUCAGAGCUGACAUGUUCACAGGGCUGGGAAACUUAGAGACACUUGAUUUAGACGAUAAUGACAUUACUGAUAUUCAGGCUGGAACUUUUGAUCAUACACCACAACUGAAAAACUUGGCCCUGCAUUACAACAAGUUAACAACCCUCAGAUCUGACAUCCUUAAGCAGCAGAAGCUGACUUUAGAUGCAGGUAUUUAG